AGAGAAAUGGGUACGAGACACUGGACUUUAGUUAUAGCACUCCUUCUGCCUUCCGGCUUAUUGGGGAGUCCUACAGGCGAUGAUGCCACUGGUUCCGCUGCUCUGUCCACAACUGUGGGACUUCGUGGUUUGGCUGAGUCAAAUGCAUAUUCGACGUCUUUAACACAUGGAGGGCGUGGAGGUGGCGGAGGUCUUGCUGAAUCGGGCGCCUUUUCAAACAUUUUAACACAUGGAAGAGGUGGAGGGUUAUCCACAUCAGGUUCACGUUCAAGUUCUUUAACUCGCAGAGGUAAGAGCAAAUCGCAAUCAGAUAGCUUCGCACAUUCGUUACUGGACCCUAGACGAGGUGGAAACAAUGGUGCUGAAGCGUUUUCGAGUGCUAACAGUAAUGCCUUUGGCAGCAAUGGAGAAUCAAAUGCUUUCACAGAUGUUAUGACAAGUCUAGGAGGCGAAGGCUCUUCACAGGCAGGUUCAUAUUCGAAUGCUGAAAGCAGUGGAGGAAGGAGAGGCAGUACAGUACAAUCCGGGGCAUAUUCGAAUGCUGCCACCAAUAACAGAGGACGCAGGGGUGGUUCCGCACAGUCCGGAGCAUAUUCCAGUGCUACCAACGAAGGCAGAGGUGGCUCGGCACAAUCUGGAGCAUAUUCAAAUGCUGCAACCAAUGAAGGAGGUAGAGGAGGAGGAAGGGCAGAGUCAGGAGCAUAUUCAAAUGCUAUGUCCAAUGGAGGAAGAGGAGGUGGUUCAGCACAAUCGGGAGCAUAUUCUAAUGCUAUGUCCAAUGGAGGAAGAGGAGGUGGUUCAGCCCAAUCAGAAGCGUACUCGAGUGCAAUGUCUGACGGAGAAGGCAGCGGUGGUUCCGCGCAGUCAGGAGCAUAUUCAAAUGCUGUGACUAAAGGAGGAAGAGGAGGUGGUUCAGCUCAGUCUGGAGCAUACUCGAAUGCUAUGACCAAUGGAGGUAGAGGAGGUGGUUCAGCACAAUCGGGAGCAUACUCAAAUGCAAUGUCUGAUGGAGGAAGAGGGGGUGGUUCAGCACAAUCAGAAGCAUACUCGAGUGCAAUGUCUGAUGGAGAAGGCAGAGGUGGUGCCGCGCAGUCAGGAGCAUACUCAAAUGCUAUGACCAAAGGAGGAAGAGGAGGCGGUUCAGCUCAAUCUGGGGCAUACUCGAAUGCUAUGUCAAAUGGAGGAAGAGGUGGUGGUUCAGCACAAUCGGGAGCAUAUUCAAAUGCCAUGUCCAAUGGAGGAAGAGGAGGUGGUUCAGCCCAAUCGGGAGCGUACUCAAAUGCUGUGACCAAUGGAGGAGGCAGGGGUGGCUCAGCGCAGUCCGGAGCGUACUCGAAUGCUAUGUCCGAUGGAGGAAGCAAAGGUGGUGCAGCGCAGUCAGGAGCAUAUUCGAGUGCUUUAACCAACGGAGGAGGUAAAGGUGGUGCAGCGCAGUCGGGAGCAUAUUCGAGUGCUUUAACCAACGGAGGUGGUAAAGGUGGUGCAGCGCAGUCAGGAGCAUAUUCGAGUGCUUUAACCAACGGAGGUGGUAAAGGUGGUGCAGCGCAGUCAGGAGCAUAUUCGAGUGCUUUAACCAACGGAGGUGAUAAAGGUGGUGCAGCGCAGUCAGGAGCAUAUUCGAGUGCCUUAACCAAUGGAGGUGGUAAGGGUGGUGCAGCGCAGUCAGGAGCAUAUUCGAGUGCUUUAACCAACGGAGGAGGUAAGGGUGGUGCAGCGCAGUCAGGAGCAUAUUCGAGUGCUUUAACCAACGGAGGUGGUAAGGGUGGUGCAGCGCAGUCAGGAGCAUAUUCGAGUGCUUUAACCAACGGAGGUGGUAAGGGUGGUGCAGCGCAGUCAGGAGCAUAUUCGAGUGCUUUAACCAACGGAGACGGUGAGGGUGGUGCAGCCCAAUCAGGAGCAUAUUCGAGUGCUUUAACCGACGGAGGUGGUAAGGGUGGCGCAGCGCAGUCAGGAGCAUAUUCGAGUGCUUUAACCAACGGAGAUGGUAAGGGUGGCGCAGCGCAGUCAGGAGCAUAUUCGAGUGCUUUAACCAACGGAGACGGUGAGGGUGGUGCAGCGCAGUCAGGAGCAUAUUCGAGUGCUUUAACCAACGGAGGUGGAAAGGGUGGUGCAGCGCAGUCAGGAGCAUAUUCAAGUGCUUUAACCAACGGAGACGGUGAGGGUGGUGCAGCGCAAUCAGGAGCAUAUUCGAGUGCUUUAACCAACGAAGAAUCUGCAGAGGAAUCCAAAUCAGGUGAAGAGAAUGAAGCAGAAAAGUCACAGGAAGGAGAGGAAUCUGCAGAGGAAUCCAAAUCAGGUGAAGAGAAUGAAGCAGAAAAGUCACAGGAAGAAGAGGAAUCCAAAUCAGGCGAAGAGAAUGAAGCAGAAAAGUCACAGGAAGAAGAGGAAUCUGCAGAGGAAUCCAAAUCAGGUGAAGAGAAUGAAGCAGAAAAGUCACAGGAAGAAGAGGAAUCCAAAUCUGGUGAAGAGAAUGAAGCAGAAAAAUCACAGGAAGAAGAGGAAUCCAAAUCAGGCGAAGAGAAUGAAGCAGAAAAGUCACAGGAAGGAGAGGAAUCUGCAGAGGAAUCCAAAUCAGGCGAAGAGAAUGAAGCAGAAAAGUCACAGGAAGGAGAGGAAUCUGCAGAGGAAUCCAAAUCAGGCGAAGAGAAUGAAGCAGAAAAGUCACAGGAAGGAGAGGAAUCUGCAGAGGAAUCCAAAUCAGGCGAAGAGAAUGAAGCAGAAAAGUCACAGGAAGGAGAGGAAUCUGCAGAGGAAGGCAAAUCAGGCGAAGAGAAUGAAGCAGAAAAGUCACAGGAAGGAGAGGAAUCUGCAGAGGAAUCCAAAUCAGGUGAAGAGAAUGAAGCAGAAAAGUCACAGGAAGGAGAGAAAUCUGCAGAGGAAUCCAAAUCAGGUGAAGAGAAUGAAGCAGAAAAGUCACAGGAAGGAGAGGAAUCUGCAGAGGAAGGCAAAUCAGGCGAAGAGAAUGAAGCAGAAAAGUCACAGGAAGGAGAGGAAUCCAAAUCAGGCGAAGAGAAUGAAGCAGAAAAGUCACAGGAAGGAGAGGAAUCCAAAUCAGGCGAAGAGAAUGAAGCAGAAAAGUCACAGGAAGGAGAGGAAUCCAAAUCAGGUGAAGAGAAUGAAGCAGAAAAGUCACAGGAAGGAGAGGAAUCUGCAGAGGAAUCCAAAUCAGGUGAAGAGAAUGAAGCAGAAAAGUCACAGGAAGGAGAGGAAUCUGCAGAGGAAUCCAAAUCAGGCGAAGAGAAUGAAGCAGAAAAGUCACAGGAAGGAGAGGAAUCCAAAUCAGGCGAAGAGAAUGAAGCAGAAAAGUCACAGGAAGGAGAGGAAUCCAAAUCAGGCGAAGAGAAUGAAGCAGAAAAGUCACAGGAAGGAGAGGAAUCUGCAGAGGAAUCCAAAUCAGGUGAAGAGAAUGAGGAAUCCAAAUCAGGUGAAGAGAAUGAAGCAGAAAAGUCACAGGAAGGAGAGGAAUCCAAAUCAGGUGAAGAGAAUGAAGCAGAAAAGUCACAGGAAGAAGAGGAAUCCAAAUCUGGCGAAGAGAAUGAAGCAGAAAAGUCACAGGAAGAAGAGGAAUCUGCAGAGGAAGGCAAAUCAGGUGAAGAGAAUGAGGAAUCCAAAUCAGGCGAAGAGAAUGAAGCAGAAAAGUCACAGGAAGAAGAGGAAUCUGCAGAGGAAGGCAAAUCAGGUGAAGAGAAUGAGGAAUCCAAAUCAGGCGAAGAGAAUGAAGCAGAAAAGUCACAGGAAGAAGAGGAAUCUGCAGAGGAAGGCAAAUCAGGUGAAGAGAAUGAGGAAUCCAAAUCAGGCGAAGAGAAUGAAGCAGAAAAGUCACAGGAAGAAGAGGAAUCUGCAGAGGAAGGCAAAUCAGGUGAAGACAAUGAGGAAUCCAAAUCAGGUGAAGAGAAUGAAGCAGAAAAGUCACAGGAAGAAGAGGAAUCUGCAGAGGAAUCCAAAUCAGGCGAAGAGAAUGAAGCAGAAAAGUCACAGGAAGAAGAGGAAUCCGCAGAGGAAGGCAAAUCAGGUGAAGAGAAUGAGGAAUCCAAAUCAGGCGAAGAGAAUGAAGCAGAAAAGUCACAGGAAGAAGAGGAAUCCGCAGAGGAAGGCAAAUCAGGUGAAGAGAAUGAAGCAGAAAAGUCACAGGAAGGAGAGGAAUCUGCAGAGGAAGGCAAAUCAGGCGAAGAGAAUGAAGCAGAAAAGUCACAGGAAGGAGAGGAAUCUGCAGAGGAAUCCAAAUCAGGCGAAGAGAAUGAAGCAGAAAAGUCACAGGAAGAAGAGGAAUCUGCAGAGGAAGGCAAAUCAGGCGAAGAGAAUGAAGCAGAAAAGUCACAGGAAGGAGAGGAAUCUGCAGAGGAAGGCAAAUCAGGUGAAGAGAAUGAAGCAGAAAAGUCACGCGGUGCAGCUCAGUCAGGCGCAUAUUCUAAUGCUGCAACAAAUGGAGGGGGCAAGGGUGGCUCAGCGCAGUCCGGAGCUUACUCGAAUGCUAAGUCAAAUGGAGGAGGCAAAGGCGGUGCGGCAGAGUCAGGAGCAUAUUCUAGUGCCGAAACCAAAGGAGGUCGGGGUGGCUCAUCAGCGCAGUCAGGUGCAUAUUCCAGUGCUGUAACCAAUGGAGGAGGAAAAGAUAAUGAAUCACAGUCACAGGAAGAAGAGGAAUCUGCAGAGGAAUCCAAAUCAGGCGAAGAGAAUGAAGCAGAAAAGUCACAGGAAGAAGAGGAAUCUGCAGAGGAAGGCAAAUCAGGUGAAGAGAAUGAGGAAUCCAAAUCAGGCGAAGAGAAUGAAGCAGAAAAGUCACAGGAAGAAGAGGAAUCUGCAGAGGAAGGCAAAUCAGGUGAAGAGAAUGAGGAAUCCAAAUCAGGCGAAGAAAAUGAAGCAGAAAAGUCACAGGAAGAAGAGGAAUCUGCAGAGGAAGGCAAAUCAGGUGAAGAGAAUGAGGAAUCCAAAUCAGGCGAAGAGAAUGAAGCAGAAAAGUCACAGGAAGAAGAGGAAUCUGCAGAGGAAGGCAAAUCAGGUGAAGAGAAUGAGGAAUCCAAAUCAGGUGAAGAGAAUGAAGCAGAAAAGUCACAGGAAGAAGAGGAAUCUGCAGAGGAAUCCAAAUCAGGUGAAGAGAAUGAAGCAGAAAAGUCACAGGAAGAAGAGGAAUCUGCAGAGGAAGGCAAAUCAGGUGAAGAGAAUGAGGAAUCCAAAUCAGGCGAAGAGAAUGAAGCAGAAAAGUCACAGGAAGAAGAGGAAUCUGCAGAGGAAGGCAAAUCAGGUGAAGAGAAUGAGGAAUCCAAAUCAGGCGAAGAGAAUGAAGCAGAAAAGUCACAGGAAGAAGAUGAAUCUGCAGAGGAAGGCAAAUCAGGUGAAGAGAAUGAGGAAUCCAAAUCAGGCGAAGAGAAUGAAGCAGAAAAGUCACAGGAAGAAGAGGAAUCUGCAGAGGAAGGCAAAUCAGGUGAAGAGAAUGAAGCAGAAAAGUCACAGGAAGAAGAGGAAUCUGCAGAGGAAGGCAAAUCAGGUGAAGAGAAUGAGGAAUCCAAAUCAGGCGAAGAGAAUGAAGCAGAAAAGUCACAGGAAGAAGAGGAAUCUGCAGAGGAAGGCAAAUCAGGUGAAGAGAAUGAGGAAUCCAAAUCAGGCGAAGAGAAUGAAGCAGAAAAGUCACAGGAAGAAGAGGAAUCUGCAGAGGAAGGCAAAUCAGGUGAAGAGAAUGAGGAGUCCAAAUCAGGCGAAGAGAAUGAAGCAGAAAAGUCACAGGAAGAAGAGGAAUCUGCAGAGGAAGGCAAAUCAGGCGAAGAGAGUGAGGAAUCCAAAUCAGGCGAAGAAAAUGAAGCAGAAAAGUCACAGGAAGAAGCUGAAUCUGCAGAAGAAGGCAAAUCAGGUGAAGAGAAUGAAGCAGAAAAGUCACAGGAAGGAGAGGAAUCUGCAGAGGAAUCCAAAUCAGGUGAAGAGAAUGAAGCAGAAAAGUCACAGGAAGGAGAGGAAUCUGCAGAGGAAUCCAAAUCAGGCGAAGAGAAUGAAGCAGAAAAGUCACAGGAAGGAGAGGAAUCUGCAGAGGAAUCCAAAUCAGGUGAAGAGAAUGAAGCAGAAAAGUCACAGGAAAAAGCUGAAUCUGGAAAUCAAACAAAGGAGGGAUCCAAAUCAGGUAAAAAGUCUGGUUCAGAAGAUAAGUCGCAGGAAGAAGCUGAAUCUGAGGAUCAAUCACUAGAGGGAUCCGAAUCAAGUGAAGAGUCUGGUUCAGAAGAACAAUCACAGGAAGAAGCUGAAUCUGGAGAUCAAACAAAGGAGGGAUCCAAAUCAGGUAAAAAGUCUGGUUCAAAAGAUAAGUCGCAGGAAGAAGCUGAAUCUGAAGAACAAUCACUAGAAGGAUCCGAAUCAAGUGAAAAGUCUGGUUCAAAUGAUAAGUCGCAGGAAGAAGCUGAAUCUGGAGAUCAAACAAAGGAGGGAUCCGAAUCAAGUAAAAAGUCUGGUUCAAAAGAUAAGUCGCAGGAAGAAGCUGAAUCUGAGGAUCAAUCACUAGAGGGAUCCGAAUCAAGUGAAGAGUCUGGUUCAGAAGAACAAUCACAGGAAGAAGCUGAAUCUGGAGAUCAAACAAAGGAGGGAUCCAAAUCAGGUAAAAAGUCUGGUUCAAAAGAUAAGUCGCAGGAAGAAGCUGAAUCUGGAGAUGAAACACAGGAGGGAUCCGAAUCAAGUAAAGAGUCUGGUUCAGAAGAACAAUCACAGGAAGAAACUGAAUCUGGAGAGAAAUCAGAAGAAUCCAAAUCAGGAGAAGACUCACAGGAAAAUGGAUCAAAGUCUGGAGAAGUGACGCCGGGAAAAGAAUCAGGGAAAAAAUCAAAGGAAGAAGAAUCAGGAAAGGACAAACACCCUAUAAGGUGUGGCAAGUCUAACAGAAGGAAAAGAAAAUCCGACUACAUUGAAAAAUGGAAGAAAUACCUAACUCGAAUAUCAAAAGCCCGUGAUCAUGCAAGAGGAAGGCAUCUUAAGAAAUUAUCAAAACUACGCAUACCGAGAACAAAACUCUGCCUUUGUGACGCCGAUGAAUCGAAAUCAACCCCAAAAAGAGAACAUAAACAUAAACUUUUUAAGCACGAAAAACAUGAAGGGCACAUGAAACGCGGUGGACACAAGAGACACGAAGGGCACAAAAAGCAUGAUGGACAUAAACGGCUCAAAGGACUAAUAGAAAAGCUAAAACGCCACAAAAAACCCGGACAACAAGAAAAUUGAUUUAAAUUAUCUUAAACACGUAUCUACUAUCUAUCUAUGGUAACGGAUUAUUACAUCAUCAUAAUAAAUUAUUGAAGCAAGCAA